ACCACACAGAGGAAAAAGGAGGAAGCCAGGAAGCUGCCAGCCUGCUGACAGACAGACAGCCGCCGUAUCAAAGAAAAAACGCUGCCGUAAAGAGAAAAAAAAAAACAGGCCUGGCUUUAGCUUGUAACUCUUAUCGUUUUCGGUCAAAAUAAGAACGAAAUGUCGAAGAACACCGUGUCCGCCCGCUUCAGGCGAGUGGACGUAGACGAGUACGACGAGAACAAAUUUGUGGACGAGGAGGACGGAGGAGAAAACCAGCUGGGUCCUGACGAGGCAGAGGUGGACUCCCUCAUCAGACAAGGAAAUCUCAUGGAGGCUUUACAAGCAGUUCUGAAGAACCCACCAAUCAACACAAAGAACCAGAACGUCAAGGACCGUGCGGAGGGUCUGGUGCUGAAGGUGCUCAGCGCCUUUAAGAGCAGUGACAUCGAGAAAGGGGUGCAGUCCCUCGACAAGAACGGCGUAGACCUGCUGAUGAAAUACAUCUACAAAGGCUUCGAGCGGCCGUCAGAAAACAGCAGCGCCGUCCUGCUGCAGUGGCAUGAAAAGGCACUCGCAGCCGGAGGAGUGGGCAGCAUCGUCAGGGUACUUACAGCGAGGAAGACGGUCUAAAAAGAAGAGCGGAGGAGCGGUUCACUCUACGUCGCUGACAGAUACAGGGGGUGCACUGCACUGUACAUGUAAUCUAACAGAUGGCAGAGGGAAGAAAAUGAAAAAUAGAUUUUUAACCCAAGGAGAUCCUGUUGCCUUCAAGGCUUGACUUAAAAAAAAAAAAAAUCUAAUCUGGGUCACAUUAGGUUAAAAAAAUGAGUUUCUUAUUUCUUCCCAUGCGUGAUCUCAGUCUACUAAAUUGUAUUCCUCACAGGGUGCUACAGAUAACUUAACAACACAUGCGUCUGUGCUGCUUCCCUGAUCCAUGUCUUUCCCAUACAGUAUGUGCUCAUGCUAUACACAGUACCUACAGCUCAUACGAACAACUGUUUCACACUUAGUUGUGUUGAUUCACGGGCGUGACGUUUAGAAUUCACUGUAACACGGAUUUCAGCUUUGUUUCUCUCAGGAAAACUCUUUCAGUAUUUGUUUUCCACCCUUCUCUCGUGUUUCCUCCGCUGAUGUGCUGAGUAGAGGCUUCCUGAUAGAAUAAAGUCUGAUUCUCUCUCAGUAAAUCCUGUCGUCGCCUCUGCCGAUAACACUUUAACAGUGGGAGUCUCCUGAAAAGCACAGUCACAGAUUGGAGGGUGGUGGAUUUGCACACGCAGGGUGGGGGGUGGGGGGGGUCGCUAUUCACCCUGGAGGGGGCGGGAGGUGGAAGAGGAGGAGGAGGGGUGGUGGUGUCUUUUAUCCAUCCAUCCAUCCUUUCAUGCUGCCUGCUGCCCCAGUUAGGGAUUAUUACCCACGAUGCAGCUCCACUACCACUCAUAUUAAUCCCACUUUGCUAUUCCUCACAUCCUGUUUAUGUCUGUCUGUCUUGGACUUUCUCAUGCACCCUCCUCUGCUGCACAGGGCAUUACGUGGCUCUGCUGGUACUGUUUAUAGGAGCUGCAUUUCUUCUCAGUACUCUCAACAAAAUGACACCCUGAGAGUACUUUUCUCAGAUUGUUGUUUUUCUUAUUUUGCUAUUUAACAGAAAAAUAAUCUAGGAUUAUCUAUUUUCCUCUUUGUUUCGUUAUAGUUUUAUAGUAAUCAUGAUUUUUUUUUUGCCACGGCCGAGAGGUUUGACAAAAAUAAGCAUGCUUGCUUUGCAGAAGAGACCAAGAUUAGAUAAUAAAUAUUUGGUCUAUUUGUAAAUGGAGAGAGAAUCAGUGGAUUAUAAAACAUAUAGUUUGCAUGAUCCCACCUUUUGAGAUUUUGAGUAUUCUCUCAAGCAUUUCAUACCUGUCUUUUGUACAUGUUUGGUGUCUCUUCUGGAAAAAAAUCAGUGGUUUUUGUAUUAAAUCUGGGGUUAAAUUUAUGCACAUGCAUUGAAACAAAUCCUCCACACACUGUACUGUCUUAUAGUAGAAAGACAUGCAGUUACUACUACAUACAUUUAUAAUUCCCAUACAUUUUAUAGAAUGGGGAAUAAAAAUGGAAAUGUUACAAAUUUUGUCUGCCUUAUGAGGUAGAUUAUGUCUGUUGCCAAAUGAUUUAUUUUGCUUUCAUGGGACUAAUGUAGGUGAUUAUUUAGUUGCCCUUGUGUAUUAGAGAUGACUUUUAAAGACAAAGUUGUGGAGUUUUAACAAUAUACAGUAUGAAUGAGCAUAAAAGCAAAGUGUUCCAGUUCAAAAAGUUGCUCUUUUGAAAAUAAGCAACCUUAUGCUUUGCUUCUUAUGUAUCAAUAGCGAUAAGAGGAAUUCAGUUCCAGCAUAAUGUUUUGUUCCUGCUAAUUUCCAAUCAAGCACCUGAGUGAAGGUGGAGUUUCUUAAAGGGAUGUUGCUUAUUACGAAAAAACACAAAAGCAUCAUCACAGUUUCCACCGGUUUAUAUUUAGACAUGGGUUUGUCAUGUUUAAAUAUUGUCAUCAGUGAUGAUGCAUCCAGACAUUAGAUACCUUUUCUAAUGCAGUAACAGCUAGUUUUACAUGAGAACAAAAAAGGAGAGCGGUCUGAUUUCUUCUCCUGUUGCAUGUAUUUCUAGUCAAGAGAUGCUCUUCUAGCCGAUGGGCGGGAAGACGAGGGAACGUACCAAACUGAUGUACAAAACUGCCUUACUCAAAUAUUCCUUUUUUAUGUUUGUGCUUUUUUGACAAAAAAAUAAAUAAAUAAAUGGUAUAAAUGCUGA